CGAUUACGUCACUUCCUGCAACCGCAACACGGAAGUGAAGGAAGGAAAACAAAUAAUCGUUCAGAUUUGUGUCGAGUUGAAGUCGAGAGAAGACGCCUUAAAACACCGUUUAACCUUCCGGAUUACCGUGUUUUUACGAGGAGAGUCGUUCACGAUGAACUUCCUGUUUGGGAAUCGGAAGACUCCGGAGGAGAUGCUGAGGCAGAAUCAGAGGGCGCUCACCCGAGCCAUGAGAGAUCUGGACCGAGAGCGAUCGAAACUUGAGCAACAGGAGAAGAAGAUCAUUGCUGACAUAAAGAAAAUGGCCAAACAGGGACAAAUGGACGCCGUCAAGAUCAUGGCCAAGGAUUUGGUUCGCACGCGGCGCUACGUCAAGAAGUUCAUCAUGAUGAAAGCAAACAUCCAGGCCGUCAGUCUAAAGAUACAGACGCUCAAGUCCAACAACAGCAUGGCGCAGGCUAUGAAAGGCGUCACCAAAGCCAUGGCCACCAUGAACAGACAGCUGAAACUGCCUCAGAUUCAGAAGAUCAUGAUGGACUUUGAACGACAGAGUGAAAUCAUGGACAUGAAGGAGGAGAUGAUGAAUGACGCUAUCGACGAUGCCAUGGGUGAUGAGGAUGAUGAGGAGGAGAGUGACGCCAUCGUGUCCCAAGUGCUGGACGAGCUGGGUCUCAAUCUGUCCGAUGAACUGUCAAGUCUUCCGAGCACCGGAGGAAGCUUGUCGGUGGCCGGAGGAAAGAAGGCCGAGCCCCAAGCCGCCCUGGCUGACGCAGACGCUGACCUGGAGGAGCGGCUGAAUAACCUCCGGAGAGAUUGAACACAAUGAAGUUGUUGAUACUGACACAAACAUACUCGUUUCUUGAUUCUUUUGAAGGUAUAACUGGCUGCUGUUUCAGCUGUGUUAUAAAAGGUGUGUGGUUUCUGUUCUGAUAUGUUUUCAUUUAAUGUGUGUAUUGUGUAUUUUAUCAAAAAAAGAAAACCUACAAGGGUCAUUAUCCUUCAUGGGUCUCAUAUAAAGACAUUGCCAAAUGAGUGAAAAUGUAUCUCACAGUCUGUGUACAUACUAACUCCUCAAGGCAUGAUGUUUUCACAAUUUAGAUUAACACUAAAAACAAAUUGUUUAAAAGAACCCAAAGGACAGAUGGUAACAGGACGGAAGUGGAUAUUUUAUAUGUCAGCACUUUUUGUACACCUGGCUGGUUUGGCGUUCUUUGUAUUAUCAUAUAAAAUAUACAGUUUUAGCCCUGAUGGAAGCUUUUUAAUGACUUUUGAUUAUGUUUAUUUGUUGGAGUUGACAGUCAUCAGGGUCCAGCUGAAGAUGGUGUACAAAAAGUGUCUUAUCUCAACAUCUUUUCUGUCUAAUGGGACGGUUAUUAUACACAAAUAUAUAAAGGGUGAACGAAAGAAAGAAAGGUAUGUUCAGCUGACUCCUGUGUGCUGCCUGGUAACCGUGUCUCAGUGGAGUUUUUAAGAUCAGCGGGAUUUUCACCAAAAUGUUAAUAAGGAGUCAGUGGUGUUUUUGUUUGUUUGAGAAACUGUCCUGUUUUUGCUUUUCUUUACUCAAUAAACAUUUUUUCCAGAUUUAA